AUGAAUAUCCAGUACCAGGAGCCGAACCUGGGCAGCAGCUACAGCGUGGUGGGUUCGUUCCCGAAGAGCUUCGGUUAUGGCGGGCAGGACCGGGACCGGGACCUGGACCCGGACCUGGACCCGGAGGAGGGGAACCCGUCCGCCAGCAGACCCAGAAUCCUGCUGAUGGGUCUGAGGAGGAGCGGCAAGUCCUCCAUCCAGAAGGUGGUUUUCCACAAGAUGUCUCCCAACGAGACGCUGUUCCUGGAAAGCACCAACAAGAUCUACAAGGACGACGUCUCCAGCAGCUCCUUCGUCAGCUUCCAGAUCUGGGAUUUCCCCGGACAGGUGGACUUCUUCGACCCGACGUUUGACAGCGAGAUGAUCUUCAAGGGAACCGGAGCGCUCAUCUUCGUCAUCGACGCUCAGGACGACUACAUGGAGGCUCUGGGCCGGCUGCACCUCACCGUUUCCAGGGCCUACAAGGUCAACCCGGACAUCAACUUCGAGGUUUUCAUCCACAAGGUGGAUGGACUGUCUGACGACCACAAGAUCGAGACGCAGCGAGACGUCCACCAGCGAGCCAACGACGACCUGGCCGACGCCAGCCUGGACAGGCUGCACCUCAGCUUCUACCUGACCAGCAUCUACGACCACUCCAUCUUCGAGGCCUUCAGCAAGGUGGUGCAGAAACUCAUCCCUCAGCUUCCCGCCCUGGAGAACCUGCUCAACAUCUUCAUAUCGCACUCGGGCAUCGAGAAGGCCUUCCUGUUUGACGUGGUCAGUAAGAUCUACAUCGCCACCGACAGCUCGCCGGUGGACAUGCAGUCCUACGAACUCUGCUGCGACAUGAUCGAUGUCGUCAUCGACGUCUCCUGCAUCUAUGGGCUGAUGGAGGACGGCGGCGGCUGCGCCUACGAUGACGAGUCUCUGGCCAUCAUCAGACUGAACAACACCACGGUUCUCUACCUGAAGGAGGUCACCAGGUUCCUGGCUCUGGUCUGCAUCCUGAGAGAGGAGAGCUUCGAGAGGAAAGGUCUGAUCGACUAUAACUUCCACUGUUUCCGGAAGGCGAUCCACGAAGUGUUUGAGGUGGGAAGCCUUUUUGACGGCGCCGUCUGGACGUCGGUUACUUCCUCCAACACCAAGCAAUUGGCCCAGAAGAGCCCGGUUCUGAACGGGAGCGCCGUGUAAAGCUGCUGGAGACCCGGAAACCUCCAGAACCUCCACAGCCAGACAGCUGGACACAGACAGGAAACCGACUGGAAAACUGCAAGUCCAGAUCCGUUUUCCAGGUUCUGUCUCAAGGAUGCAGAUGGUUCUGGAAGCUGAAAUGUUUCCCAGUAAACCCAGCUUAUUGGUCCCAGCAGGUCCAUCUGGAACCCAUAGAACCUCCGUCAGUGGAGACGGGCCUUCAUCUCUCAGUGUGAGGUUAGAGUCCAGAACAGAACCAGAACUGGACCAGAACUGACCCAGUUUGACCAGAACACAUCUAGAACUGGACCAGUUUGACUGUGCUGGUUCUGAAGAAGCUUUUAGCCACAGAUCCGUUUGGUGCUUUUAUUUUGGUGUGGAUUUUUAAAGGUUCUGCAGAACUUUGUGUUUUGUUUCUGGUGAAGAACAAUAAAGUUUUUAUGUUUCAAAA